CAUCUGCCUUUAAUGUCCGAGAUUGAAGUAUUUGUUGCCGUGCAUGAUAGUUCAGAUCUUAGUAGAGAGCGCCAUGCCAGCAUCUGGAUUUCCAAAGACAAUAGCUUCGAUGGCUUCCAUGUGACAAAUAAAUUUGGUUCUGAUUUGACAUUCCAAUGCUUACGGCGUGGGCGUGAUCCCCGGACUACAAAUAUGAGAUUAGUAACCAUGGAACGCUUUGCCACAAUCUCUGAGGAAGGAUAUUCAAAACUACAGCGUAUUCUAAGCAUGGUACCUAUUAAAAAUAGCAACAAUAAUUGGAACUGUCAGGAUUGGGUCAAAGACACUUUAUCGAAUGGAAAAGGAAGGUAUUAUCAACAAGACUGA